CCCCGCCCCGCCCCGCCGCGCAGCCCCGCCGCGGAGCCAUGUCGGCCAGCAGCCUCCUGGAGCAGAGACCCAAGGGCCAAGGCAACAAAGUGCAAAAUGGAUCCGUGCAUCAGAAGGAUGGGUUGAAUGAUGAUGACUUUGAGCCUUACCUGAGUCCCCAGGCCCGGCCGAACAAUGCAUACACUGCAAUGUCUGAUUCCUACCUGCCCAGCUACUACAGCCCUUCCAUCGGAUUCUCCUACUCCUUAGGCGAAGCCGCCUGGUCGACAGGGGGCGAUCCCCCCAUGCCCUACCUGACCUCGUACGGACAGCUGAGCAACGGGGAGCCUCACUUCCUGCCAGAUGCCAUGUUUGGGCAGCCGGGGGCUCUGGGCAGCACUCCGUUUCUCGGGCAGCACGGCUUUAACUUCUUCCCAAGCGGGAUUGACUUUUCAGCUUGGGGGAAUAACAGUUCUCAGGGACAAUCCACCCAAAGCUCGGGCUACAGCAGUAACUACGCCUAUGCCCCCAGCUCGCUGGGAGGAGCCAUGAUCGACGGGCAGUCGGCCUUCGCCAGCGAGACGCUCAACAAGGCUCCCGGCAUGAACACCAUCGACCAAGGAAUGGCGGCUCUGAAGCUGGGCGGCACGGACGUGGCCGGCGGCGUUCCCAAAGUGGUGGGUUCCGCCGUGGGGAGCGGCUCCAUCGCCGGCAACAUCGUGGCGUCCAACAGUUUGCCCCCUGCCACCAUCGCCCCUCCCAAGCCGACGUCCUGGGCUGACAUCGCCAGCAAACCCGCCAAGCAGCAGCCCAAGCUCAAGACCAAGAACGGCAUCGCCGGCUCCAGCCUUCCUCCGCCCCCCAUCAAACACAACAUGGAUAUCGGAACCUGGGACAACAAAGGGCCGGCGGCCAAAGCCCCGCCGCAGGCUUUGGUUCAGAACGUGGGGCAGCAGCCGGCCCAGGCGUCCCCCCAGCCCGUGGGGCAGCAGAUGAACAGCAGCCCCCCGGUGGCGCAGGCUCCCGGCGGGCAGCAGGCGCUGCCGCCGCCCCCGGCCCCGCAGCCCGUCCCGCUGCCGGCCCCGCAGCCGCCGCCGCAGCCCACGCGCUGGGUCGCUCCCCGCAACCGCGGCAACGGCUUCGGGCAGAACGGGGCGGAUGGCAGCGGGGUGAGCCAGGCUCAGGCCGCCGCCGCCUCGGCCCCUUCCGAACCUCACCCUGUCUUGGAGAAGUUGAGAUCCAUCAACAACUACAACCCCAAGGAUUUUGACUGGAACCCCAAACACGGGCGGGUUUUCAUCAUUAAGAGUUACUCGGAGGACGAUAUCCACCGGUCCAUUAAGUACAACAUCUGGUGCAGUACAGAGCACGGCAACAAGAGACUGGACGCAGCCUAUCGCUCCAUGAACGGGAAGGGCCCCGUGUACUUACUGUUCAGUGUCAACGGUAGCGGCCACUUCUGCGGAGUAGCAGAGAUGAAAUCUGCUGUGGACUAUAACACGUGUGCGGGGGUGUGGUCCCAGGACAAGUGGAAGGGACGUUUUGAUGUCAGGUGGAUUUUUGUGAAGGACGUUCCCAACAGCCAGCUGCGGCACAUCCGCCUGGAGAACAACGAGAACAAACCAGUGACCAACUCCAGGGACACUCAGGAGGUGCCUCUGGAGAAGGCUAAGCAGGUGUUGAAAAUCAUUGCCACCUACAAGCACACCACCUCCAUCUUUGAUGACUUCUCACACUAUGAGAAACGCCAAGAGGAGGAGGAAAAUGUUAAAAAGGAACGCCAAGGCCGUGUCAAGUAAAGGCCCUUCCUCCCCCAGAGACUGCAGCAGUUCCCACCACAGCUGGUCUUUCAGAGAGAGAAAGAAAGAAAGAAAGAGCAACAACUAAAGAUCCUGGAGAGAAUUAGGACUUUUUUGGGUUUCUUUUUUUCUUAAUUUCAUUGACUUCCAAAAGACUCUUCCAAACCUGCAGUUUCACAAAGGAAAGGAAAAGAGAGAAUUGGAACUUCACAGGACAUAGGACUUAAAAAACACGAAAAAAGGACAAAAAAAAGAUCCCUUCUAGGUAGAGUAGAGGUAAAACUGUCCCCUUUUGGCUUCAGUUGUGAUUUCAGAGCAUAAUGCUUUGGGUUUUGUCUUUUUACUAUGGUUUUGUUUUGGAUUUACAAGUCCAUAAGUGGCAUAUGCCUUUUUUUCCCCUCCCCCUUCUUCAUUUUCAACCCCUGCUGCUUCCCCUCCUCCCACCCCCCUGCUUCUCCUUCCCCUGGGUCUGACAUUUGCACUUGGAACACAGAGUCCCAACCAUGGAAAACAGACCUUUUUGGUCUAUUUUGGGUUUUGUUUCUCCCCACCUGGAAGAGGUGGAAAUACCUACAAAGAAAUUGCUGGGGGAGGGGGGAGGGGUGGGACGUGGAGUUUUUGACCUAAAGAAGAAUCCAAGAGAAACUCUCCACCAGGGUUGUGUCUCAAAGGUGACUUCAUGGUUUGUUUGGGUUUGUAUUUUCUUUUCCUCUGACCUUUUUGUUCCUCCCAAAGUGGAGUCCUCAGCCACUUUUCUGUCCCUGUGCAGUGACACGGAUCCAGUCUGGAGUCAUUUCAAUCUUUUGUUGAAAGCUGAGAACAGUGGUUUAUAAAACAACCCCAAACCACCACCUUUUGUUUUACAGGAAAAUGAAUUUUGGACAAAAGGAAAAAAAAAAAAAAGAGAAGAAAAUAUUGUAAAAUGUGUAGUGAAUCUGUUCCUUCAGUUUCUUGUUCAAGCCAAUGAGGAAUGGGCCUUGCCUUUCUUUUCACCAUUAAUCACUUCUCAGUAAUAAACGUGAGAUCCUGUUGAGCAUCA